GCCCACAACGUCGCUCGACCUUGCAUUGCAACAUGACGUUUAAGGUUCUUUUGAUCGCAGCCGCCGUGCUCUGCCUCUCAAGGGCGGCCCCACAAGGCUACGAAGCCCUGGGCGUCCUGCAGCCCGAGAGCCCUCGCGACCUGGGCGACUACGAGAACGUGGUCGCCGCCACCAUCGACGUCUUGCCCGAAAUCGUCGAGGUCUUCCGCAAGGUCUCCCAGAACCGCGACAGGGCCAACGACCCCGAAAGCGUUCAGCAGAUCAUGCUCGACUUCAUGCCCAUCACACGCAAGGUCAUGGAGGCCACGGAGAAGGCGGAGGGCAGGAAGAUCUCGGAUGACACGUACCACCGCUUCAACGCCGCCGAGAAGGUCAUGCCGCACGUGGUCACCUUCAUGAACCAGCUGCGGGAGAUGGACUUCUUCGGAAUCUCCACCACCACAAAUUUGCCCGACUAUGGAUAUCCCCUUCAUUGAGGCCUUCCACUUGCCUUCGAAAGAACUCUUUAGCCCUUCCACUGUUCACUCUUCUCUCUCCUAUAAUGUCAUCUUUUCCAUGUGUAAUUUAAUAGCACUCAUAUUUAUCUAUUCCUCAUCUCAAGUCAAUCAGUCUUGAAUCUCUCUUUGUAGUUGUGAAAAUAUA